CCCGUCAUUAAUUAAUACUCUCGCCAUCUGCUAUCGGUAUUUUACCUUUUAUAAUUCUGGAUCCACUGUUUUUAUACUGAAACCCGUUCAUCGCCGUUUAUUCGUCACUUUCAUGCUAAUACUUCGGAGUUUGACGUCAGCCAUAAAACGAAACAUUUUUAAAGUGAUGUAAGGUAUGAUGUACCCUGCAUAUUUCGCCGAUGUUGCGGGGGAGAUAAGCGGGGCGAUGCGGCGGAGACUGCCCCCCUCCCUUGCCGUCGACGGCCCGUUCGAUCGAUGCAUCUGCCGGCAGAAACCAGGAAUUUACAGCUUAUGAGCUCAUCUUCGUGCUCUUUAUAUUGUUAGACACGGUUAAAUUAUUAUAAAUAACAAGGAUGCGUGCGUUGUUCUUGUUAAUAUUUAGAUUGGAGAGCGCAUCGUCCAAGGACACUCAGUUGUAUCGAACAGCGUUCACAUUGCGUUCAUUUUUUUGCUCCAUAUUCUCCUUAUUCUUUGGAUGAGGGCUCGUCAAGGAAGGAAUACGGGUAUUUGCAACGAGGCCUUUGAAAAUCUGCAGUGGUUUGAGUGGCAUCAAGAUGUAAACACAUCCGACCUGAGUCUGGAUGUCUGGUUCUAGAUAAUAAAUGAGACUCUGCUUUUCAAAACACCUAAAAUAAAUCAUACCAUCCAUUUUUCACAAUGCUUUCAUCUGCGCGUCCCUCUGUUCCUCCCCGGCCGCGGUACUUAGAUGGCCACAGACGUAAUAAUGUGGUAGAGCCCAAGUCUACCAGUCAGGGCCACCGGAGGGAAGAGAAAAGCACCAAGAUCACAUCAAAUUCAGCAAAUUCCUCUUCAGUGAGUCGAGGCAGUAAGGUAUCUGCUGAACAUCACAAACCUAGGGGUAGUCACCUUGGCCGAUCUACUGCCGGCCAGACCAGGGUGGCCCAGGGCAAAAACAUUCCAGCGACGUCAAAACUCAAACCAAAAGUAGCACAUAUAGCACCUGGUCCGAGUUCUGUUCUUGACCCGAAUUGUAAUGAGCCAAGUUUGCCGUGCCUGUGCUGCGAUGGGCAUUCACCUCACGAUAGCAACAGCCUCUACAACCACAAUUAUAACAACAAUAAUACGACUGCCAUCAGGCAACAUCUUCACCUACAGCCGGCACAGCCGCACACUGGGGUAGGUGCUCAUCAAAAGGCUGGGGACACACAGCAGAAUCCCAGAAGUGCAGUAUCACCAUCGCACAAUGGCCUAGACACCCAACAGCGAGGAAAAUCGGAACAGAAUGAAGAACAGGAAAUCAAUGAACUUGAUGAGGGAGAAGACUUCGAUAAUAAUGAUGAUGAUGAAGACGAAGAUACCCUGGUACCUUCUUGCCACGACUGCCCCCCCUCACUCCUAGAAUUUUCCCUUUCCUCCUCUACCUCGUCUUCAUCCACCUCCAUCAGUAGCUGCUCAGAUUUUGAGUCAGAUUGCCCGGACAUCAACACUUCCUCCUUCCUAGAGAUGUCCUCAGAGAAAAACCUCCUAAAUGGUUCCCCGACCUCCCAGCCCCAAAUCAUCCCAAUGGGUGCCAACCACACUGUACCUCAACCUUUGCCUCCUUAUUCCCCAGAUGAAGGCUACCCGUCAGCUCGGUCCUCACCUUCUUCAGAUUACAUCGAGCAUAAAGCAUCAUUAGGGCAAGAAACUUCAAAAGUGAAUCUGCUAACCUACUUGAAUUCCUCGAGCGAACUUAGCAAAAUGGACUACUGGAGUAAAGUUGUUGAAGUUGCUCAAUGGGGAAUGGAGGGUGACAUUGCAUUGCAAGAUCGACUUAGUCACCUGGAGAAGCUCACACUGGUGAACAAGCAAGUGAAGAUAACUUAUUUGGAAAGGAUUCGAGAUUCAGGUUUAGAUUUGGAUGAAGAAGACCUGUCUGAUAGCCUGGAUGGGACCGGAAACAUGGAGGUUACCUGGAGGCUUUACAGAGGGGACAGUAUCUGUGAGUCUCAGGAGUUCUCUGAUGCGGGGGUUGACUUGAGUGCCCCCUCAGACUUAGAUGAGCCCCUCCAACCAGACUCGCUGGCACCCUCUCCCCUGCAGCCACCCCCUAGGCCGCCUAAGCCAACUUUGCGAAACUCCGAGUCACACACAUAUGUUAAUAUAAACAACAACAUUCCAGCAUCAACUGCAUCCUCCGCCAUGACCAGCUUCCAGACUGUAUCUUCGUCCUUGUCCUCCAGUAUGCCAGAAAAGACCAUUCCAGCACCUCCACCUCUUCCUCUUGCUCCAUCUCAGCCAAUUCCAUAUUUCACCUUCUAUUCGUCCCCCCCCACUCUUGCUUCACCCCCACCUCCCAUCCCCCCUCCGCGGAGACGCCAUAAGGCACGACUGGAAGCACAAAAGUUUGCCAAUCUCCAGGACGAAUCGACCCCUCUGUCGCUCCCCCCUCCCACUUCCCGUCCACCUCCUCUUCCUCCUCCCCCGGCUGCUCCAUCUCCACCCGCCAUCCCCCCUCCCCCAACUCUUCCACCUCCUCCCUCCUUUCAUGCCCUGGAUGCUGAGAUCCGCAAGCUGCUUGUCCUGGCUGGACUCACGCAGGCCGAGCUCCUAAAACUGAGCCCCGAGUUGGGAGUGUGUGUCACAGGGGUGCUGGAGGAAGGCGAUGGGGAGCUCUCUGAAGUGGUAAGGCCACAAAUAAGAGAAGUCAGUACAGAAGAGAUGGGCCAAAAACAUGACAGGAAACAGGUACCGGAGGAGGAGUGUGGAGAGGGCAAGAAGGAUGAAGGAGGUGAAAUGAAGGGAGUGAGAAGAGAAAGCACUGUUGGAGAGCAUGAGCAGGAUGUGCUGAGAGAGGGAGCAGUGCAGGAAGAGAGCAGGGAGGCCUUCCAGACAACUUCAUUCACCGAGAUGGCAAGGAGGCGCAGGCGCAACAACGUCAUUUCCAAUUGCAGCUGCACAUAUGGCCUGGAUAACCACUCAAACCCGGACGCUUACUACAGCACGACGAGCACCAGUGUCAUCGCAAGCAACCAUGACAUUAGUUCUCACAACACUUACGAUUACACCAUUACAAUGGCCUCAUCUCCGCCCCCACCUCCACCUCCUCGGCCCUUACCGCCUUGCCCUCCGAAACUGCCCCAGCCCCCUCCCCUCCCCUCUCUGUCAUUGAGUACCCUCUCUGCAAAUAAAGCUCGCCCGGAUCGCUCUGAUUGGCUGAUAGCCUUUUCUCCAGACACAGAGACACCUCCGUUUGGAGCCGACAGGACACCGGAGGUCAGUCCGCAGAAGGCGAAAGUGGGCUCGAAAGUCACCACUUUCAAAGAACUGAGAUUUCGGAGCAGGCAGAACCCACAGCCACUUGUGGUCCAGCCAGAACCCGACCCGACAGUGAUAACACCUGAUCCAGAUGUUUUGUACAACCUGAAGUGGAGAAAGGAGAAGGCUGACGGGGAUGGCAGCCAGUGGGAGUACCUCCCACAGGUCCAGUCCAUCUUCCUUCAGCACCAACUGCCUCCACCGCUGCCGGAGAAAAGGGAGGUGCUGCCGGUGAGCGACGCUGGGGGCCAGUCACAGUCCUGCCCCUCGCAACGCAUAGGAUGUUCGGCCAGCGACAGCGACCUGUGGAGCAGCGGGGCCACAGGACAGGAUGAGAGCUGGAGGAAAAAAGAGGAGGAUGAAGGGGCGGUGAGAGGAAGAGCUGACGGGGGCAGAAAAUGGGAGUCAGGGACAACAGUGUCCUCACCCCCAUUGUCCCUCGCCCUGCCCAGUCCACAAUCCUUUCCCUACUUCCUGCACCCCGAACCCCAGAUACCCCCGCUGUACCAGGCCGGUGCCUACAGGGCUCCGACCCGCGGCACUGGCCAGAACAGCCAGGGUGUGGCGUCCACUGGUCCGAUUUCCCUGAGCCAGAUUGACUCGCUGUACUGUGCAGAUCCAGAGAGUCCUAUAGAUUCCUUGUACUGCACUGAUGAGAACAGUAAUGUGGACUCAUUGUACUGCACUGACGGGAACAGUAAUGUAGAUGUAGUGCCCUCAGGGGACCUCGACAGAAAGACACUCCUGUGCAGUUACAGUGCCGACGGAGAGGGCUGCACUGACACUGAGGGCUGUACAACCCCAUACCGAAAUAUAGAGGCCAUUAUUUACAGUAAGACAAAGAGACAGACUGAAACGUGCAGGAGGCAGGCCAGGCUAGACGAUCACCAAACCACUGAUGUGGAUGAAAACUGUAAUCAGUUGGUACUGUGUCCAGUAGUAAAAGGGCCCUGCCCAGACCCACCUGCUUGGUACUUUUAUAGCCCCAAAAGCUGCCCCCUGCACCAAGGAGCUUCCCUGCGCCUCUCUCCCAUCGGGGCGAUUUCCCCCCCACAGAGGUGGGGGCUGCCAUCCCCCGGGGCAGACGUGUCACGCUUGCACUCCCCUCUCUUCCCUCGCAGUCGUACCCUUCCUGCCCUCUCUGCUCCACUUUAUUGCCCUUUUCUCCACCACCCCACUUCAGCUAUUGCCCCUAUGAAGGAGCCCCAAGCCCCAAUUCUCACCAAGCAGACACAGCUAUACACCCUGAUCCGCAGCCUGUCCUUCGCCGGCUCGGCUCAGAGGGGCAGCUCCUGGAUGGAAGAUGCUUCGAAGAACCCCCUCCGAGGUCAGAAGCUAUCCUCUCUGUGCCUGGAGGAAAAGAGAGCUCUUGUCAGCGCCGUCAGCGUGGCAGUGGAGGCCGUCCUCGCUCAGUUCAGCUCCUCUCGAACCCUGGUCCAGAAGGCCCAGUCGGGGGACAGCACCAUCAACCCAGCCCUAGGUCGCCUGGUACUGCAGUGCCUGUGCCCUGCCCUCCGGGCCCUGCUUUCGGAUGGCCUCAAGCCCCACCAGAGUGACCUGAUCACAGGCAGGCGGCCAAAUUCUCCCUGGGGCCUGGUGCAGGCCUCCACACAGCCAGGCCCCAACACCCAGGCCCUGUACGCUCUCCAGGGUCGAAUUGCUGAACUGCCCCAGCUCAGACACGCCCGUCAUCGCUUCAACGCCUUCCUGCUCGGCCUGCUCAAUGUGAAACUGCUUGAUUACUGGCUGGCCCACCUGCAGACUUGUGAGGAUGUCCUGGCCACUUACUAUCUGCCCACCUCCUUCAUGCGCCUCUCCCACUCCCUCUGUCAGCCCCUCUUCGAGGAGCUCCUGCUGCUCCUGCAGCCCCUGUCGCUUCUCACCUUCAACCUCGACCUCCUUUUCCAGCACCACCACCUAGAUCCUUCGUCCCCGACGCCCUCCCCAUCCCCCCGCAGCCCAGACGUGGGCAGCACUUUCCAUGUCUCCCCCAAAGCAUUGGUCUUCGGUAACAGGGCUCGUCUUGAGAGUGUCUCAGAGCAUGAUUACGGGGAGCUGGAGGAGGCUGCGGACAGCUGGGGAGCGAGCUCCGGCACCUCCGAGGGUAAGAGGGCUGGUGGUAGUCGGGAGGAGGAGCAGGCCUGCCAGAGCCCCACCCCGAGAGUGAAGGUGGGGGCCACCAGCCAGCUGCUGUGGGUGCAGGAGAAAGAGCUUCUGCCCCCAGGUCAGGCCAGCCUGUCCAAGCAGGCCACCCAAGUCAUCCAGCAGGGCUGGGGGGCUGUGCUGCGUUGGGGGGAGAGGCUGGGGCAGAACUGGGGCAGUUUUAACACAUCCUCGCAAGUGACCUCAGGGGGGACUGACCCCCAAGCUCUCGCCCAGAAUGUCUGGCUGGGCGAAUCCCCUGGCAGCGUCACCCAGCCGGACAUCAUCAGUCAUCAGACACAUGGAGACCAUCCAUUUGACAGGACCCCGGCCGUUCCCUGGGGCUUGGGUAGGCUUUUUGGAGCCUCCAGGGAUCCCCGAAGUGCUCAGACGCACACGUCGUCCACCAGUGUGUCCCCUGUCCUCCCCGCCCUAUCUCGAAGACGUCCAUCCCACUGGUUGGCCCCAGGAGUGUCAACGCUGAGCCGCAUGGUGAGCCCCACGCUAAACCCGGUGCCUGAAGACAGAGGGGACGUGUCCGAGGGGACGAAGGAGACGGACGGGGAGGAGGGAAAUCCGAGAGCCUACAGGUCAGUGCGAACUCUCUGUGACCAUUCAGGUACAGGGGCUGAGCUGAGCUUCCAGAAGGGGGAGGAGCUCGUGGUGCUAGGCACUGUCGACCACGACUGGGUUCGCUGUCGUCGGGGCGACAUGGAGGGGCUUGUUCCUAUUGGCUAUACCUCCCUGAUCAUGUGACUGCCACCUGGAUUUUUGACUGGACAGUGGUCUAAAAAUGAAACCGCAUAACUGAAGAGGCAUAUUGAUAUAGUGAUCAGUGGCUGUGCUCAGUGUCUGCUGUUCUCCUUGUUCUUGCCAGAUUUGUGUUUAAAAUGGUUCUCUUACCAAUAUUAUUCAGUUCAUGAUAAAUCUAAAUGUAUAAAUAUACAUAUCUAGGAAUAUAUACAUAUCAUCAAUAUCUGUAUUGAGCUAGCACAAAACACAAAAAAAAACGACAUAUCUAAAAUAAGCCAGAAAUAACGGCACCCAGAAAAUUGAAAAAAAAAAAAAAAUUGUAUUGAAUUACCAUUAGAUAUCAGUCAGCACAUGAUAUUAUUGUUAUAUACAUAUAUAUCUCACUUGUAGCAUUGAUCUGCAACCCUCUCACUGAUAUUAGUAGAGUAUUGGGAGAGAAUCCUGUGUCGUCUUGGUAGUUUGAGCAUCCAGAGGUGUGUCCAGUGUGUUUGGAUCAAGCUAAUAUAUGUAUGUAUCUGUAGCACAACUCAAAAGAUUCAGCUAUUUAUUGUAGCCCUAACAUACGAUGUAGUGGGAAUGCUCAGUGACCCGCCGUAGCACACGCUCACCUGGCCGUGCCGCCGGGAUCCUCGCUCAUGCCGGCCUCCCUGCACGUCGGGGGGACGUCCUCUCGGGAUUAGCUAUAAUCGCAGCGGUUCCCACAAAGGUCGAGCAAUUCUGGCGUGGAGCGUUUCUGCACGCCCUGCGCUUUUAGGCACACGUAAAUAGCCCUUUCUUUCAUGGUAGAUGGAUCCGUACGCAUUUAUCGUCUGCUGUGGUAUUGCGUUUUGCCCGGCUUUUAAAAUCACGUUAUGGGUUGUUACUCCAGGACUGGAGUACUAGAGGGCUAGGCUGACAAGUAACUGUACCGAACCAACACAUAGCAUUAUCAUCAUCAGUAAUACUUUAUUGUAGUCUUCUGAAUAAAAGGCAUAACACAUUUAUAACUAGAUUCUGGUUUCGUUCAUGUUAUGACUGUCCACAUUUUGAAUUUCUGGAUGAUAACUAUGCAUAUGCUGUGCGCUACACACACAUCCCCUGUACCCGUGUGGGGGUGGGGGGGUAGAUAUGCUGCCUGAGGUGCAGACCAGCACAGCCCCCUGGUCCCUAGCCGUCCAUUGUGACCCCAGCUGAAGUGACCUCUCAUCACCGGGAAAUGACCUCGAAAUAGGAGCCUGGGAAAGCUGACUUUGGCAGAGGUGUUCAGAAACUGUUCCUGUUGGCUCUGUCACCCAACGGGACCCCGACGGUCUGGGCCUUGGGCCUGUGUGACACUAACAACGGAAAACAAACCAACAAAUCUCAGGAACACACAUUUCUGAGAUAUCAUCUGCUAUAAGACUUGUAAUAAAUUGUUGGAAUUGUUGUUGAUAUUUUAUUUUUGUACUUUUUUUUUGGACAUUAUGUUUUGGGCAUUUCCGUUGUUGUCUUGCGAAUGUAUAUGUGUUCUUCGCUGUUGCGGGGUUUCACGAAGGCCGUUUCCACCUUUCCUUUGUCGAUGUGGGUUCUGUGAGAGUGCAUUUUAUCCUGACCGUCCCGUGCUGAGAGCACUAUCUUAUGCACUCAUGCCAUCAGCUUCUAUCCAGUUGCUCUUGCAUGUGCUUAGCUGUAUAUAAUUAAUAAACUAAAUGUCCCACACCAAG